GUCGUUGUCUAUUGUCUCCACCGGGUCACAAGCCUACGAUUCCACUUGCUCGGUUCUCAAGCUCAUCAUUUCCUUCAUCCCCGCAUCGAAUCAAUCAUUUACAAUCCCAAAGUCCCAACUUGACCAAGCUUUCUACUACUACUUCUUCUUCUCGAUUGCUUCGCUAAAUUCAACGUUUGCUCGGAACACCGACCCUAAUUUCCCUUUUGAAACUCUUUCUAUUUGUUUUGUAAUUCUAUGGUUCAGCUCUUCAGAUCCAGGUCUUGUGGACCUGAACGGAUAUCGGUGUUGGAGUUGUCCCCUCCGACUCCGUCAUUAUAUCUGACUGAGAACGAAGACGAAGAAGGAGAGGAAGAUGAUGACGGUGACUAUUACUUUGCCAAUCCAAUAUCCACUCCGUUGAUAAUUCCUGCAGGGAGAGAGGGAGGUGCCAGAGAUGAGCGUCAUCAUUUCCCAAUUCUGGAAAUUUUGCUAGCGGCGUUAAAGAAGUCGUUGGUGACAUGUAGCAUGGAGAGGGAGGAUAUUUGUGCCAUGGAUAUUAGCUGGCCUACCAAUGUUAGGCAUGUCUCCCACGUUACCUUCGAUCGCUACAAUGGCUUUCUCGGUUUGCCUGUUGAGUUCGAGACCGAUGUCCCUUGCAGGGUCCCCAGUGCCAGUGCAAGUGUAUUUGGAGUUUCAGCUGAGUCAAUGCAAUGCUCCUAUGAUCAGAGAGGGAACAGUGUGCCAACUAUUCUCCUCAUGAUGCAAAGGCGCCUAUAUUUGGGAGGAGGCCUUCAAGCAGAAGGAAUAUUCCGAAUCAAUGCUGAGAAUAGCCAGGAGGAAUAUGUCCGCAACCAACUAAACAAGGGUGUCGUACCACAUGGAGUUGAUGUGCAUUGUCUGGCAGGUUUGAUAAAGGCAUGGUUUAGAGAACUUCCAAGAGGGGUGCUAGACUCCCUUACCGCAGAACAGGUGAUGCACUGCAACACAGAAGAAGAAUGCACUGAACUUGUAAGAUUACUGCCACCAACAGAGGCUGCAUUGCUUGACUGGGCCAUCAAUCUGAUGUCAGAUGUCGUACAGCAUGAACAUUACAACAAGAUGAAUGCUCGCAACAUUGCAAUGGUUUUUGCACCCAAUAUGACUCAGAUGGCAGAUCCCUUAACUGCACUUAUCCAUGCGGUGCAAGUUAUGAACCUUCUGAAGACGCUGAUCAUAAAAACCCUUAGAGACAGAGAAGAAUCAGCUGCCGAAGCCAGGUAUUUUUCUUCGUGCUCAGAUUCUCCAGGCAACAAGAGUGGACCCCCUUCACCAAAGAUGAAUAAGGAAACUGAAACAAGACCCUGUAACCAAACAACCGAUGUGUGUGACUCCGAUAGAAGUGCUGUCUUUGGCAACCUACUAAGAAUCUCGUCUGAGGACGAACUUCUUGAAAGCGACACUGGAGAGAGUUUUUGGAGCUUUCGUAAGAAGAGUGGGGUUGGUGAAGAGCGGAAUUCAAUUUCUGGGAAUAGCACACCCGUUAAAUGUGACCCUGGAUCUGUGGAGAAUGAGUGCAAUAAGCAGUGCAACGGUGGGGAUGCAGAACGGUUCUUGGACAAGCUGAAUUUGAGAAAGGGAGUGAAGAAGCUUUACAGGCAUCCUGUGUUUCAAUUGAGUAAGCCAGUUAAAAAGUCUGGAGGCCUUGGCGUUGUAAAUAGCAGGGGAGGCGGGGAAGCGUGGGCAUGAGAUGCUUGAAUUUGAAUUUAGGCUUGCAAAUGUGUUUUUGGUGGUUAAGGUCGUCUAAUGCGUUUUCUUCUUUUUUUUUUUUUUUGGAAGAUUGCAUUUAUUAGAAAUUUGUUAUUUGGGUAAUCCUUAGUUGGUGUUUUGGAGAAGGGACAUUAAUUGAUAACGUUGAGCUACUAACACCUGCACUAGAGCAAGAGAAACGAACAGGGCAUAUCAUCAUUGAAGUGAUCUUUGUAUUGUCAGUUGUACAUAAUUUCAUUGUAGUUAUUUUUUGUUGGAAAAAUAAUAAGGGAGAAUGAAACUUAUCGGUAAUCACUUUUCAAACCGAGAAAUUGCAGAA